CACACUCCGACGAUGACGAUGCUGGUGCUUGUGGCGAGGAGAUGGGGCGCUGUUGUGGGCAAUCGUGCACGGUUGCACACUGCACUGGCCGCCCAAGCGUUGCAGCAGCGCGUCGGACCACAGACAGGAAGACAACAGCAGCAACAAGCACUGGUGUGUCGACACCAUCAACACCGCCCAACACACCUCACUCAACUCAGACAACAGCGCAGGCCACUGGCAGAUGCGACAGAGGGCGAGCGUGCAGAGGUCACGCGCCUCGUGCGCCAGCUCUUGCAUCCACAACAACAGCAGCAGCAGCAGCAGCAGCAGCAGCAGCACGCGGCUGGUGCUAGUAGCCAACCCACAGCGCAUAUCCAACGCAUCGUUAAGCUAGCUCGAACAGAACCAAAGGUUGUCUCCGAGGAGAUCAGCGUUGCACUACGAAAGGCCAACGACACCAAUCACCACCCGUCCACACCCUCACCAGCGGCACUCAGUGGCGUGCUAGGACAGGCGUCGCUGCACGAGCAGCUGUUGCCUGCUUUCGCCAGCUUAGACAAGGCGGCCUUGCAAGAAUACCUCACCCAGCUUCCCCUGGCUGUCGUCACCCAAUCCAUCACCGCCCUCGCCUCCCGCAUGGCAGCGGGUGCGGUGUCGCCAGCCGAUGCAGAUCGCAUCAGCAGCGCCCUCAUCCCGCCUGUCGCCAACCUCACUGCCACCUCCCCGGCCACCUCCCUGGGCACCUCGAGCACAGACAUCAGCCAGGCAUGGUGGCAGUCACUGGACCAACAGCACCCCGCGCCACCGGCGCUGCUGGGAUCGCUGCUGCCCCCGAUGCUGUCCAUCGCAGCUCACAGCGGCUCGUGGCCAUCCAUGCGCGCGGUGCUCUACUUGAUGGCGGCCACGAAUGCCAUGUCCAGCACAACCACAGCGCAGCAAGUGCUUGCCGUGCCACCAAACGACACCUUGACCACCGACACGUUGGCCAACAUCAUUUCCUACCUGCACAUGUGCGAUGCCGACCUUGGACCGCACCGCAUGACGUUCACGUGCCUCGCAGCAGCCGCAUACACAGCCGCCAAUGCACUCACUGCCAUGGAACCCCACCGCCUCUUCUCAGCCCUGUCGGCCGUCUUUCCAAAUGCUCUGGCCCUCAGAGACACCGUCCACGCCUUUGCAGAGCCCACCACCAGCUCCGCGGUUUCAGCAGCGCCACCCGCAGCGGCCAGCACGCAUCACUGCGCGGAUGUGCGUGACAAGCCAGCAGACGAGAGCAUGUCCCACCGCCUUGCGUCGCUGCUCCACCCCAUAUCUGCCCUGACCCGCACAAUCGCGGACCAUUCCGAGGACGUACAGCCAGACACGUCUUCCACAUCUGCCACACCACGUGGCAGUGCUGUUGGUGGCUUGCCUUCGUGGUUCUCGCCUGAGACAGACACCGCGGCCCUGUGGAGCAUGCUUGCACACUACGCUGCAUACCGGGGCGAUAUGAUUGCCACCAAGAUGACGCUGCUAGCCAUGCAUCGCCACAACGCAACCCUCCUUCCCCACCGCUCCCAGCUGCCAAUUGCCCGUGCCCUCCAGCAAGCGAACAACACGUCCUGCAUCCCCGAGCUGGUGGCAUGCAUUGGCAAGGGCGCAAGCGUGGAGACGCGAAUGGCUGUUCUGACAGCAGCCCUUGCAUCCACAGAUAUGGACUUUGUCAUGGGCACUGCUCACCGGGUCGUCUCACCGGACCUCAGCCACGACGCAAGAAGUGCUUUGUGGUCGCACCUCUUCCUGACACUUCCACCAACGGAGACAGAUACGCACAUUCGGCUGCUCCAAGACAUGAACCAGCAGGGUGUGCACUUGACACCUGCGGCGCGUGCACGACACGUGCGCGUGCUUCUUGACUCGCUGUAUUCCGAGACAGCGCCAACCCUACAGACGACAAGCGACGCCGGUAAGACGCAGAAGCAAACAUACCCUCGCACUCACCACCAGCAGCAACAGCAACAGCAGCAGCAGCAGCAGCAGCAGUCCAGACGAAGUUCCACGCAGGAUCUACUUGGCCGUGUUUUGCGUGACAACAAAGAUGAUGCAGACAAGAAGGGCAAGACGGCAUCCUCGCGUUCUCCAUUCGCUCGUGAGAACACCAAGAAAAAGCCAUACCCAUCGUCAUCAUCAUCGCCAUCAUCGUCAUCUCACGGCAUGGCGUCCCAGCCGUCUCCACCGCUCUCUCCAGCCGCACGCAAGUUUGCUGCGCUGUUCAAUGACGUGUUCGUCGCGGGAGCCACGCCUGCACACGAUGACCAAGCGCAAGGAACGCGCGAUGACGCACCAGCUGCGUCGUCGUCUGCAUCACCGCUGUUGGUGACAUCUGGCGGCUCUGCUGUCCGCCUGGUGGACAAUGUGUCCGUGUCCCCGACACACGAUCUUGCGUCAGGCGCAGGGCUACCCAUGCUGGCGGCCGCGCUUGAUUCGCGCUACUUGAUGCUUCGCGACGAGUCCUUUUUGCACGUGUUGUUCGUGUUCUACAAAGCGUGCAUUGACGUGCUUGUCAACCACGGUGGCGUCUCGGCGUUCUCACGUGCGCAGCGCACAGCCGUGCUGUCGGAAUUCGCACAAGUCGCUGUUUUGCUCCACGGCCCCGAAGCCGUGGACACCGUCAUCCGCCCGCUCCUCGGUGAUCUCCACGUCACGCAAGCGCAAACGGUGCAAGUGAUGGCGGCCGUGCUGCAGCGUCUUGCUACUGCCGAGGACGACAACGCCGUCCAGCAGGUGCUGCAGGCUGCGAAGGUGGGCGGAUGGGUGCAUCUUGGCGAUCUUGUGCAGACGUCGCUCCAACAAUUGACGGCGAUGGCGCCAACAGCACAGCAGAUUGCUGCGCUGCAUUUACCAGUGAUGCGGGAGAAUGUGCGGGUUGAUCCUGCUGUGCACGCGCAGUUCCUGGCGGCCAUCAGCAACACGGGCGACAUUGCCCGGCUCAUCGAUUCCUUUGUUGCGCUGAAGACGGCUGGCGUGUACAUGUCGCGCCAAGCGUUCAAGCGCAUCGCCGCCGCCUUCAGUCACGUCGGAAACUUUGGCGCAACCAAGAAGACUGUCGACAUUAUGAUGCAGAUGGGGCAGAAGCCCGUGCUGUCCUUCUACAACGCCAUGUUUGCUGCGGUCUCUACCGAGGACGAGCUGGCGGAGGUUCACAGGCUCCUGCAAGACAUGAGCGACAAAGGAAUUGAAGCAGACGCUCAAACAUUCAUCAUUCUCGCACGAAAGCACCUCCGUUUCGGCCAACCCAACAAGGCCGUGAACUUCCUGUCCGCCCUCAACAUCAAGCAGCUGCCACUGACGCGGAGUGCCGUGUCCACGUGGAUCAUGGCGCUGACGCAAUGCGAUGAGCCACAGCUACAGCAAGUCACAUCGUUGUUUGAUGAGCUUGAAAAAUCGACGCUUGACAUUGACGGGCGUGUGUUCACGAGCAUCGCGUCGUCUCUCGUGCGCUUCCUCCGCCAAAGUGCCGCCCAGGCCGCCCAGGAGAACGCAAUGCCAACGUGGGCAGACCUUGAGGAGCGAGCGGGCGCGUGCAAGCCGCUGUUGUCUCGCCUCUACGCACACGUGACGAAUCAACACCAAAGCAAGGCCGAUGGCGCCUUCUACCGAGCAAUGCUCGCCUGUUGCGCAUACACGGGCGACGCAGAGCUUGCCCACCAGCUCAGGCGAGAUCUUCACUGCCUCGGCCACGCCGCGAAUGAAGACGUGUACACGUCGCUCAUUUGCACAUUCGCAAACGCCAACGCCCUCGAGGACAUGCGCCACACGUACGACGCGAUGCGGAGUGAGGGCAUCACUCCACCCAUCGGCGUCUACCACGCCGCCAUCGCCGCAUACGGCCGUGCCAGGAACAUCGACGGCGCGAUGGAGGUGUACGAUGACAUGAUUUCGCAGGCCAUCUACCCAGAUCACACCCUCAACAGAAUAUUGAUCGAGGUGUGCCAUAUUGAUCGCAGCAGCGUCAUUGCGAAUGCGGAGCGGUUUGAGCGCAUGCAGCGGUGACGUGACAUGACAUCAUUGACUUGAGAAACAGAUAGCGAUAGCAGGAGGGCUGCAGAGGGGAGGGGAAGAGAGAGCGUGCCUGUGUGUGUGUGUAUGUGUGUGCAUGCCUCUGUGUGUGCGUAUAUGUGUGCAUUGCUUGAAUGAUGCCAGGUUGUGUCGUCUUUCACGCAUACGCUUUGGAGUCAUCUAUUCCAGCUACACUUCUUGUGUGUGUGUGUGUGUGUGUGUGUGUGUGUGUGUGU